ACCGCAAUUUUUUAACGCAUGUUACCAUCUAAAUAUACCAUCAGCACUUUGCGUUUCAACCGCUAAAAUAUUUGCCGAGAGGGCGUUAGUGCACGGCCUAAUUUUUUUCGCAAUGCGCGAAAAUUAACACCUGCCGCCAUAUUGUCGAUCAAUUUUAAUCCUUUGAGCCGGAAAAAAAUUGUCCGCAUCGUUAACAUGGAUAACGAUACAUUAAAUAUAGAUUUUACAGGAAUAACUCAAUACGCCGGAGAAUCCGGCGAAUUUAGUAUGACGAGUAUCGAUUUUGAGAGCGAACUCCAUCAGAUGGAGAGCAAGAUCAAUUAUUACAAAUCGAAGUUGCAAAGCUGCCGCGACAAGUACGAAAGCGUGCAGAUGGAAAUAGACGACGCGAAGCGAAUGCAGCACAAAGCGAAGUUUGUGUUAAAUAACACGCAAUUGGAGGAGCAAAUUCUUCACGAGCGUCUGAAAGAUUUGCACCUCAACUACGAAACGUGCGUAAAGAAAUCGGAUUUCAAAGAUUUGGACAAAACGAUUCGCGCCAAAACGAACGAACUGGCGACGCAAAGAAAGACAUUGAUGGAUGAGAUAAAGCAAUUGAAAAAACACGCCGACGAAAACGACAAGAAGCUCGCUCGCGUAAAGGUCAUGAUCGCGGAACAAGAAGAAAAGAAUAUAAAUCUGUUCGAGGAAUUGAGAACAAAGUCAGAAAACCUAGUGUCUUGUCCGGAAGAUAUAAAACAACGGAUAGACGCUGUUCUCGGACGUCGCAAUAGGGACAACGAUAUUUAAGAUACAUAAUUUGUGAUCAAUGGC